AACGCACACAAAACACACACACACAAGCUCAGCAAGUCCCCGAGGCACACGCGUCCCGCACCUCACGCACGCGCACCACGCACGCGCUCGGAGUACAAACGGAGAUCGGGUGUGAGCUUCGGACCGUUGAGCGCGCGCUGCAGUCAGAAACGAAACGGAUGUCAGCGUGGUGGUCAGAGAUGGGAGAGGGUCUGGGGCCGCUCUCCCCUGUAGGAUGGUAGCCGACAGCACUGUGGAAGGCCAUGACAAGAACUUGUCGUUGUCAUCAUCAUCCUCCUCCUCCUCUGCCUCCUCCUCCUCGUCAUCAUCGUUGUCCCCGUCCUCCCUGCUGUCCGGGGAGCCCGCUCUCAGCCCUCGCCCCAAGGAGUCGGAGGACCUUCAGCAGCAGGCCGCUGCCGACCCGAGCCGGAGGUCGGCGUUCGUCCCCUCGGUGCAUCUGACCCACUUCCCCACCUUCUCCUGCAAGGAGGACUGCAAGAUCAUCACGGAGACGGCGUCCAAGCUCGAGCGCAGCGCCUUCUACUGGGGCCCCCUGGGAGUGGAGGAGGCCCACCGCAUGCUGCGGGACGCCCCGCUGGGCAGCUUCCUCAUCCGCGACAGCCGGCAGAAGGACGUCUUCUUCACGCUGUCCUACCACGGCAAGAGCGGGCCGGUCAGCGUGCGCAUCGACUACAAGCGGCAGAGGUUCUCGCUGGCGGGCAACGAGCGCUCCUUCCCGACGCUCUUCGCCCUUUUGGAGUACUACGCCUCCUCUCCCAAGAAGAGCCUGAGGUUCCCGUACAGGAAAUGGAAGCCGACGCUGCAGGAGCUGUGCAGGAAGCGCAUCAUGGAGCUGUGCGGCGGCGGCAGCCAGGUGGCGACGCUGCCGCUCACCCACGUGGUCCAAGACUUUCUUUUGGAGUUCCCUUUCAAACUAUGACCCAUUUCACAGUUUGGAUUGCAAUAUUUUUCAUUUCAAGGACGCAUUUUUCACCGGGAAAACGGGAUGGGCGUUCGCCGGGGGUUGAGACGGCGUCGCCGUGUUUACACCUUGAAGCGUCUUCCUGCCUGGCGGCCGAAAGCU